UAUUCUCUUCACCCGGUGGCCGCCAUAUUGGCAGAACGUAAGGACGGUCACAGUACUAGCCACCGGUAGUAAUUUAUCUUUUUCGAAAAACUUUGUGUAAGUUGGCGUGAAACAGGGAAACAAGUGAUAUAUUGGCCACAGAAUAUGUCGCAGUUGCUUCCUAUUAGGUUCCAGGAGCAUUUACAGCUCCAAAAUGUUGGAAUCAAUGCUGCAAACAUUGGGUUCAGCACCCUUACUAUGGAAUCGGACAAAUACAUCUGUGUCCGAGAAAAGGUGGGUGAUACUGCCCAGGUGAUCAUCAUAGAUAUGAAUGACAGCUCCAACCCUAUUCGCAGACCAAUAUCUGCUGAUUCAGCCAUCAUGAAUCCUGCGAGUAAAGUCAUUGCAUUGAAAGCUGGUAAGACUCUUCAGAUUUUCAACAUCGAGAUGAAGAGCAAGAUGAAGUCUCACACAAUGACGGAAGAUGUUAUAUUCUGGAAAUGGAUUUCGGUGAACACUGUAGCUCUUGUCACUGACGCAUGUGUUUAUCACUGGAGCAUGGAAGGUGACUCCCAACCACAGAAGAUGUUUGACAGACACACAAACCUUGCCGGUUGUCAAAUCAUCAACUACAGAACAGAUGCAGCUCAGAAGUGGCUCCUUGUUGUUGGAAUAUCUGCCCAGACUGGGGCAGAAGGAGGAAUGAGUGCAGAUUCACAAAAUCGUGUUGUUGGUGCCAUGCAGCUGUAUUCAGUGGAGAGGAAGAUCAGUCAACCAAUAGAGGGUCAUGCUGCAGCCUUCACACAGUUCAAAAUGGAGGGUAACCCCCAGCCAUCCACACUCUUCUCUUUUGCUGUCAGAGGAGCACAGGGAGGAAAGCUUCACAUAAUUGAAGUAGGUCAGCCCCCUCAAGGGAAUCAACCAUUCACCAAAAAAGCUGUAGAUGUGUUCUUUCCUCCAGAGGCACAGAAUGAUUUCCCCGUAGCAAUGCAGAUGAGUCAAAAACAUGGUGUUGCAUUUCUGAUCACAAAAUAUGGGUACAUUCAUUUGUAUGACAUAGAAACUGGUACUUGCAUUUACAUGAACAGAAUCAGUGGAGACACAAUAUUUGUCACUGCUCCACAUGAGGCUACCUCUGGAAUCAUUGGUGUCAACAGAAAAGGACAGGUUCUUUCAGUCAGUGUAGAGGAAGACAAUAUCGUUCAAUACGUUACCACUAACCUGCAAAACCCAGACCUGGCUUUGAAAAUUGCCUCCAGGGGUAAUCUGCCAGGGGCUGAAGACCUGUUUGUUAGAAAAUUCAACAACCUAUUCCAGAGUGGAAACUACCAGGAAGCUGCCAAGGUAGCAGCUAGUGCUCCCAAGGGAAUUCUAAGGACACCUCAGACCAUCCAGAGGUUUCAGCAGGUAGCUGCACAGCCCGGACAGAGCUCACCACUGCUGCAGUACUUCGGUAUUCUACUGGACAAGGGGCAGCUUAACAAAUAUGAGACUUUAGAGUUAUGUCGUCCAGUACUACAGCAAGGCCGUAAACAGCUUCUGGAGAAAUGGCUUAAAGAAGACAAGCUUGAAUGCAGUGAAGAACUAGGAGACCUUGUCAAAUCAGUUGAUCAGAACUUGGCACUGUCUGUAUAUCUUAGGGCCAAUGUUCCUGGAAAGGUCAUUCAAUGUUUUGCGGAGACAGGACAAUUCCAGAAGAUAGUGAUGUAUUCAAAGAAAGUGAACUUUACCCCCGAUUACAUCUUCUUGUUGAGAAGUCUAAUGAGGAUUAACCCUGAGCAAGCUCUACAGUUUGCCCAGAUGUUGGUGGAAGAUGAUGAACCUCUAGCUGAUCUGAACCAGAUUGUGGACGUGUUCAUGGAGAUGAACCUGAUCCAGCAGUGUACUUCAUUCUUGUUGGAUGCUCUAAAGAACAACAGGCCAUCAGAGGGUCCUCUACAGACCAGGCUACUGGAGAUGAACCUGAUGUCAGCUCCUCAGGUUGCUGAUGCCAUUCUUGGAAAUCAAAUGUUUACUCACUACGACAGAGCACACAUCGCCCAGCUGUGUGAAAAAGCUGGACUCCUGCAAAGGGCAUUGGAACACUACACCGAUCUGUAUGACAUCAAAAGAGCUGUUGUACACACCCAUCUCCUGAACCCAGAGUGGCUAGUGACCUACUUUGGAUCCCUGUCUGUUGAGGAUUCACUGGAAUGUUUGAAAGCCAUGCUACAGGCCAACAUCAGACAAAAUCUGCAAGUCUGUGUACAGAUUGCCUCCAAGUAUCACGAGCAGCUUGGCACCAACAGCUUGAUCGAAAUCUUUGAAUCAUUCAAAAGCUUUGAAGGUCUAUUCUACUUCCUGGGAUCUAUUGUUAACUUCAGUCAGGAUCCAGAUGUACAUUUCAAGUACAUCCAGGCUGCCUGUAAAACGGGACAGAUCAAGGAAGUGGAGAGAAUUUGUCGUGAGAGCAACUGCUAUGACCCAGAGCGUGUCAAGAACUUCUUGAAGGAGGCCAAACUGACCGAUCAACUGCCCUUGAUUAUUGUCUGUGACAGAUUUGACUUUGUUCAUGAUCUAGUCUUGUAUUUGUACAGAAACAAUCUGCAAAAGUACAUUGAAAUCUACAUUCAGAAGGUGAACCCUGCCAGACUGCCAGUAGUCAUCGGUGGAUUGUUGGAUGUAGACUGCAGUGAGGACGCCAUCAAACAGCUCAUCAUGGUGGUCAAAGGACAGUUCUCCACUGAUGAACUUGUAGCUGAAGUAGAGAAAAGAAACAGACUGAAGCUGUUAUUGCCUUGGCUGGAGAUGAGGGUACAUGAAGGAGUACAAGAACCAGCGACACAUAAUGCCCUCGCCAAAAUAUACAUUGACAGCAACAACAACCCAGAGAGAUUCCUCAAGGAGAACCAGUUUUACGACAGCCUUGUUGUAGGAAAGUACUGUGAGAAGAGAGAUCCUCACCUUGCUUGUGUAGCAUACGAAAGAGGACAGUGUGAUGAGGAACUCAUCCAGGUGUGCAAUGAGAACUCCUUGUUCAAGAGUCAGUCCCGCUACCUAGUGAAGCGUAGAGACAUGGACCUUUGGGCCAAGGUGCUGAAUGAAGACAAUGAGUUCAGGAGACAGCUGAUUGACCAGGUAGUGCAGACUGCUCUGUCCGAGACCCAGGAUCCCGACGAUAUCUCCGUGACAGUGAAGGCUUUCAUGACAGCAGAUCUACCCAAUGAGCUCAUUGAGUUGUUGGAGAAGAUUGUUCUGGAUAGCUCUGUCUUCAGUGAACACAGGAACCUACAGAACUUGCUGAUCCUGACUGCCAUUAAAGCUGAUCGCACUCGUGUGAUGGAGUACAUCAACAGACUGGAUAACUAUGACGCCCCAGACAUUGCAAACAUUGCAAUCACUAAUGAACUGUAUGAGGAAGCUUUUGCCAUCUUCAAGAAAUUUGAAGUCAACACAUCUGCUAUACAGGUGCUAAUUGACAACGUAAAGAACUUGGACCGUGCUUAUGAGUUUGCUGAGCGUUGCAACGACCCAGCAGUUUGGAGCCAGCUCGGACGUGCUCAGCUGAAUGAAAACAUGGUCAAAGAAGCCAUUGAUUCCUUCAUCAAGGCUGAUGAUCCAUCACAAUACAUGGAAGUUGUCAAUGUAGCAGCCAGCAACAAUAGCUGGGAAGAUUUAGUCAAAUUCUUGCAAAUGGCCCGCAAGAAAGCAAGAGAAACAUUUAUAGAAACAGAAUUAGUCUUUGCUUAUGCAAAAACCAACAGAUUAGCAGAUUUAGAAGAAUUCAUUUCAGGGCCAAACCAUGCUAACAUCACACAGGUGGCAGACAGAUGCUUCGACAACAAAAUGUAUGAAGCUGCCAAACUACUGUACAAUAACGUAUCUAACUACGCCCGCCUGGCUAUCACUUUGGUCCAUCUAGGAGAAUAUCAAGGAGCUGUGGAUGGGGCAAGGAAAGCCAACAGCACUAAGACCUGGAAAGAGGUUUGCUUUGCUUGUGUGAACAAUGAGGAGUUCAGACUGGCCCAGAUGUGUGGUCUACACAUUGUUGUACAUGCUGAUGAGCUGGAGGAAUUAAUUAACUACUACCAGGAUAGAGGCUUCUUCGAGGAGUUAAUCUCCCUACUAGAGGCAGCAUUAGGAUUAGAAAGAGCCCAUAUGGGUAUGUUCACAGAAUUAGCCAUUUUAUACUCAAAAUUCAAACCUGAGAAGAUGAGGGAACACCUGGAGCUGUUCUGGUCUAGAGUCAACAUUCCAAAAGUAUUACGAGCAGCCGAACAAGCCCACUUGUGGCCCGAGUUAGUCUUCUUGUAUGAUAAAUAUGAGGAGUAUGAUAAUGCUAUCAUUGCAAUGAUGAACCACCCUACAGAGGCCUGGAAGGAGAGCCAGUUCAAAGACAUCAUCACAAAAGUCGCCAACAUUGAGCUCUACUACAAAGCCAUUCAAUUCUACCUGGACUUUAAACCUUUACUUCUUAAUGACUUGCUAAUGGUCCUGACCCCUCGUCUGGACCACACCCGGGCGGUCAACUUCUUCAUCAAAGUGAAGCAGAUAUCCCUGGUGAAGCCGUACCUCCGCAGCGUGCAGAAGAACAACAACAAAGCCAUUAACGAGGCGCUGAACAACCUCCUGAUUGAGGAGGAAGAUUAUCAAGGUCUGCAGGCCUCCAUCGAUGGCUACGAGAACUUUGACAACAUCAUGCUGGCCCAGCGACUAGAGAAACACGAACUCAUUGAGUUCAGGAGAAUUGCAGCCUACUUAUACAAAGGAAACAACAGAUGGAAACAGUCUGUUGAUUUAUGCAAGAAGGACAAGCUUUUCAAGGAUGCCAUGUGUUAUGCUAGUGAGUCUAGAGACACUGGAAUAGCCGAGGACUUGAUUGCCUGGUUCUUGGAGAACCAGUAUCAUGAAUGCUUUGCGGCGUCACUGUUCCAGUGUUAUGAUCUCUUGCGACCCGAUGUGAUACUAGAAUUGGCAUGGAGACAUAACAUCAUGGACUUUGCCAUGCCCUACAUGAUUCAGGUUGUGAGGGAAUACAUUUCCAAGGUUGAUAAGCUGGAACAAGCAGAAAAUGUGAGAAGUGAGGAGGAACAGAAAGCAGAGGAGAGACCCAUUGUCUUUGCGGAACCUCAACUGAUGCUGACUGCUGGUCCCUCCAACAUGAUGCCCCCACCUCAGGCUCCUUCACCCCAGCCUCCCUAUGGGGGCCCCGCCUACCCUGGGAUGGGUGGUGGUGUUCCUACCUAUGGCUACAGCAUGUAACAUUAAAAUAACUUCAUAGUCAUACCAAGUAUUCCCAGCAUCUGACAUGGUGUAUAUUGUGAACAAGUGAUAUCAUAGAUGUGGAAGAUUCAAAAGUUUGCCAGUGAUGUGUUUUGAUGCAUUAGUUUGUAGAAGCUGUACAACAGGUCCUUGAUGUUGAGUGCAAUAUUCUCUGUAUGUAGUACAUAUGGACUAUUUAGGCAACCAAUAAUUUUCAGAUUUAAUCAUUUUCAAACAAAUCUUACCGAACGCUUUACUGAACAGGAUUUGUUGAAUUUUAGUUAAUUUUAAAAAAUAAUGAUCAAUGAUUAAUGAAAACUUAUUGAUCAUCGCAUGGCAGAUUUUUGGAGAAGCCUUAGCUAAAUCAAUCAUUAAUUCCAAGGGACCUGUGAAAUGUUAUAUCAUUUUAUGAGAUGUAAAUUUUCUGUGAUUUUAAGUUGUCAAGUAUGUAUGUAUAUAUAUAUAUUGAAUUUAAGUUUAAAGUGCUUCAAAUGCAGUUCAUGCAGUGUUUUUGUUAUUCAUAAAAUGAGGUCAAAAUAGUAAUUGUUACUAGAUAAAAAAUUUUGAAUUGGCUUGAUCAUUAGAGCAUGUUGUUUUUAUUUUCAUUUGUCACAUGGUUAAUGAUUAAAUUAAUGAAUGUGUGGUAUUUUGCACUAAUCUUUCAAACCUCAUAUUGACAUUUGAUUUCAAGGAAGUUUUGAAUUUGUAGAUAAGACAAAUCAUCAAAUACGCUUUACUUUAAAGCAUAGAAAUUAUUUAUUUAUAGCUAUUUAAGAAAAAUGUACUAUAGACUAGCUUUUAAUUGUUGCACAUACUCAAAUAUAUCACUGAAAGGAAACUACAAUAGUGUAUGAAGUUCCAUAGCCAACUAUAUAUAUAGUUCAUUUGAAUUCAAUGUUGUAUAAAAGGACAUUUGUAGAGGUUCACUUGAAUAUGUGACUGUGUGUUGUUGGUUUUCAGACUCUGCUAUUAAGGUUCCAGCUAGUGAGCAUUUCGACAAUAUUGUUGUCUAUUCUGUGGUCUAGAUUGUUAUCCGAUGCUGUGAUGACAUUGGAUUUUAUCUAUCAGUAGUAAUGUACAAGUGUAUUACACAAAGAACAAGAAUAAACUUCUAUAGACAAUAUUGAAAA